AUUGCAAUGAUCGAUUUCGAUUUGGAUCUUGUGCCGAAAACUAACGCCCGGCAUAUGUCGUUUUCGAUAUUUACGAAGAUUAUGUAAAAUAUAUUAAUUAAAGUAUUGAAAAAAAUGUCGUUUACAGUUCUGUGCUCAUUUGUCGUAGCAUUUUACGUAGUAUUAUGGUUUUUUGAUUCAUUUUUCAAGAGUUGCAUGCACUACCCAUAUUACGCAUUUUUGGAAGGCACGGGUCUUAGAGUAGGAGUUUUCAACUUCACAUGGAAAACAACAGCGUUUAACAGAUUCAUAUACCGAUGGAGCAAGAAUUUAACGCGAGUUCUACGAAAAUGGUUCAACUUCGGUUUUAUUUUCGCUAUCGCAGUAUUUCUACCAUUUGCUAUAUGGACUCUCUUGAAUUUUAUUUUUGAGCAUUUCCACGAGUCGAUACAGAUAAGCGGCGUUCCAGAAGUGAAGGCAAUGUUACCUGGUGUCAACAUACCAGCCUCUGACUUCUGGGUAUAUUUUAUGGCCAUUGGUUUUAGCUCUAUUUUCCAUGAGCUUGGUCAUGCUGCAGCGGCUGCACAAGAAGAUGUACAGCUUCUUAACAUUGGGGUUUAUGUCUUUGCAAUAAUACCCAUAGCAUUUGUGGAACUAAAUACUGAACAUUUGAACAGCCUCAGCAUCACUAAAAGGUUAAAAAUAUAUUGCGCCGGUGUAUGGCAUAAUGUGGCUCUGGCAUUUAUAGCUAUGCUACUAUUUUUCUCUGCACCAAUACUAUUUAGCAUAGCAUACAAAACUGAUAUAGGGGUGAGGGUAACAGGUUUCACAAGUGAUUCACCUUUAAUAAAACCUAGAGGACUAGAAGACUCAGAUGUUAUAUUAUCUAUCAAUGGCUGUCCAAUAAAGAAUGCUAAAGACUGGUCAUAUUGCCUACAUGUAGCUCAUGACCGGUACGGCAUAUGCACAAGUGCAGAAUAUAUAGCACAAAAUGAUGAAAUAUUGAUGGAGACAAUCAAGGAAAAUGGUAUUGUUGAAUGCUGCCCGAAGGAUAAUUUAUAUAGCAUCUGCUUUGAGUAUAUGGAACCUCGAACCUUAAUAGUACCUGGGUUGGCUGGACAAUAUUCCUGCCUCAAACCCAGGGACAUGGUUAAAAAUAAAGUAACAAAAUGUACUGAAGCAACAGGGCAUAAGUGUCCACAAAAUAUGCACUGCUUAAAACCUUUGCUAAACAAUGAGACAUAUCUUUUAAUAGUUGAAAGAGAAGACAAUAAUGCAGUUUUAUAUUUGGGGUUGCCUUAUGAUUUACACAAAACAGUUUUCGUUGAUCAAUACUUUCCAAGGAGUGCAGUUAUUUCAUUUUUCUCACCUAUGCAAUUUGAAAAGCUAUUGCGUUACAUUUUUAUAUUUUCUCUAGGUAUAGGACUUUUAAAUGUACUGCCUUGCUAUGGUACUGAUGGACAUCACAUAGCUAAAAAUAUGAUUCAGUGGUUAGCACUAUAUUUAAAUAAGAAUGGAGAUUUCAUAACAUUCUUCACAGUGUUCACUGUGGUUGUGGGCACAGGCAUAACUGUGCCAAUUUUAUUGUACUUGUUCUAUAAAACAAUAUUUAUUGAUAAUUAUUAUUAGAGUAUGUGGGUACUUUCAAAGUAUUUUAGGUGUAAUGAAAGUGCAAUGUAAAAAACACUAAAUAAGUGUAACAUGUAAUUAAUACAAAUUAAAGCGAAGGCUAAACCACCACAUCCCUAACAGCAAAAACCUGUGUGCAAAGACUUAAGCAUCGCAUAAGCAUAAGAUUGGUCACAUCAAGGAUGCAAACUUGAAGGCUGCUAGGGAUGCAGCUUGUGUGCAGCACUUUUUCUUGCACUAACACCAUUAUAGUGAAUGUUAUAGUGUUAGUAAAUGUUUAAUAAUGGUCCUUGACUUUCAGUAACUCCAGUGUAGCAGCACCAGUAUAUUAUAUAUAUGUGAAAUAUUGUAAAGAAGCUUGAACUGAAUCAUGAAUAAAUGGCUAAAAUACAGACUUGGGUCUCUGUAGAUCUCUGCAUUUUAUGUAUUGUAAUAAUGUUAAUUAUACAAUAUAGUAUAUUCAUUACUUUAUAAUUUGUACAUAUGUCAAAUAGUUUAUAAGUAGGACAAACUAAUAUGUAAGAUAAUAAUUUUUUGGUUGUG